GAAGGCUUGUUUGAUCGUUGGAGGUGUAGCAGUACCAGUAGCGGAACAGGUGUGCAAAAUGGUGACCUGGACGAACGAGGCAAAAAUGAAGGCUUUCAAGCAGCAGUAUGAGAAUUAUGGCUUGAGGCAACUGAACCACAUCAAAUCUGACUAUAGAAAAAAGGUUCAGCCGGUGCUGUCGUCUACCUUUGACCAACUGUGUCAACAGGUAGAGAGAACCAAGGACCAGCUGCAGAAGGACCUCGACGAGCUGAAUGUCACCAUAUCACAGCUGGAGAAGAUCUCUGACAAGUCAAAAUCUCUGAGGAAGAAGGCUGACUGGUUGGAUAGAGAACUGAAGACAUUUGUUGAAACUUACUUGAAGGAGUAGAGUGUAGGAAUCUAACCAGCGGAACCCUGACAGUGAAGAUCCUGAUACCCAGCCUAGUGUAGCAGGGUGACUCUCUCAACAUUGGACAGUACAACUGAGCACGGGGUGAACUCAUGCUGCAAAUACAACUCCGAUACAAUACAAGAGUAGAUAUUAAGCUAUCGAAACAUUAACAUGGAAUUUUGAUUCGUAACUGUGUACUUUUAUUUCAGAUAACCCCAAUCAAAGUCAGAGAGUGGGGGUGGUGGUGUUUAAAACAUUUAAACAGCUUUGAUACCAAAAGGUAACAGAGUGGUAUGGUGCCACCAGAUUUCCGAGGUGAAAUUACAUCACCUCGGAAAUCCGCUGGCGAGGUGUUUGUUAAGCAACAAAGAGGUUCUCUUCCCCCCACACCCAAGCUUGCACGAGGACGAUAUUCUUCAAACUAAUGUCUGAUCCACCCCCAAUAUAUACCCCUCGAGGUA